CUGUCGCCACCGAGAAAUCUGGCUUUUUUUGGAGCCUGGACACCCGCAGCCGCUUUGCGCCUUAUUUCUCUCGUCGGUCUCCGCCCUCGUGAUCACGUGAAGAGAGGCUGCUGUCGCCGACGGGUUCAGAACUUUUUGCAUCUCCGCAAAUGUGCACCGAGAUAAACGGUGACAGAUGCUUGAAGAUUUCAUGGCGUUGAUAAAACCGUCUCCUCGCACCCAAGGAAGGCCUGUGCCACCGAAAAGCCUUCGCAGCCGUUAGCGGUUUUGUGACUGUCUGCGUGAUUCCGUGUCCUCCUCUGUGUAUCCAUUUGGAGUAGCGGAAUGCUAUCCAUGUGUACACUUUUGUACACUCAGACACGCGUGUAACUUCGCACGCAGAUGUGCGUGGACAUCUAUAGGUUUUUGUAGCUGCGGCCCCCGUCGGAAGGUUGGUGUCUGGAGGAAGGGCGCUGUUCGCCUCCUGUGACACGACGUCAAAUGCGAGUCGACAAAUGAAUUCAGUGCACAGGCACUAUGCUUCAGCUGCCACACCUGCAUGCUUGGUUUGUGAAAAAAGAGACACGUUGAGUGAAUUACUUGGUGGAGCCUUGAGUGUGUGGAGAUAGGCGAUCGAGGAGCUGAGAGUCUCGCUUCGUUUCUCGACAUUUUCUGUGAAGAGCGCCUGCCUUUGCAUGGGUCUCACGGUCUCAGACCGGUGUGUGUUUCUCAUCGCGAUGGCGCCCUCCCAGAGUUUCUUUUCUGAAAUGAGAAGUCUGUGAAAACGGGUGGAUCCGUCUGACAGCACAGGUGUGGAUUCCAGUCACACGCACAGCGGCUCUGUCUCGCCCAGACAGAUGCUGGAUUUUUGCUCUUGUGAAAAAGGACUGACGCAAGAGAGAACUGCAGUCUAGACACUCUGAGUUGAGAAACGUGUCUCUUCCAGGAACGCAAGGGUGCCGUUGCCAUUUUCGCCUUGUCCAGUCGUCGCAACUCUCACAGGGCCUCUCGCGGCCUUCGUCCAACGGCAAUCCCUCGAGUUCUUCCACCUCGCUGCUGCGUUGUUUCUAGAUACGACACAGCCGAUCCCGUGGGCGUCUUCGGGGAUCCUGCCCCAAACCUCAACGUAUCUCUGCACACAGAUCCUCUGUGGCCUUUUUUGCUUCCUGCCGCUGCCACUUGCUUAAGAGGAAACCUGUCGCUUGUCAAAACGUUUUGCUUUCGAAAGUCUUUAUGCAGCAACAUCUCUCGCACGCGAGGACGGCCCUACGACACUGGAAAGUUUCUCGAGCUUGCUCUUCUUCGUCGUCGUCGCCCUCUCCUUUUUCUUCUUCUCUCUUGUAGUGGCUGGUCGACAUCCCGGAGAGUGCUGGUGUCGCUGGAGCGCGGAGAACUUCUCCUUUGCCUCUUUUUCCGCUGUUUUUCACCGAGGUCUCUCCAGAGACUUUCUCGAUGUAGCGCACCGUUCACCUCCGCGCCAACCCGGGAAGGCCGGAGCGACCCCGCCAGUGGCGAAGCUCGCAUACGCGAGCGACUCGUGCACAUGCAUUGGCCCGCGUCCCGGCGUUUGUCACCGCCAUGUAUCGCUUCAAGCUCUUGGGGAAGCUCGGCUUCGACGUUGCGCCGCCUCAGGAGGCGGACCCAGCUUCCUUUGUCGCCGCGCAUUCUGCCAAUCCCGAAGCCUUAGCGUGUGAGGUGAGGGGGCGGUCGGAGGGGAGCGCGUCUCCUCACAUCGCCCCCGCUUCCUGUCCUCCGUUCUUCUCUCCUGGGUCCCGCGACGCGUCUCCCCUGCCGGAUAGGGAGGCCUCAACUCCGAGCCGAGAAGCCGCGAAGCCACUGGAGAAAAACAUUGUGGAGGAGCGAGAGACAGGGGCGAGAAAGGGUGCACAGGAAAUGCAGACGACAAACACUGGAGUCUGGUCAAGGGAAAAAUGGACCACGACAGGCGGACGCGCGUCUCACGCCGGACAGGAACGCGGAGAUUCUGAUGGAACAGCCACACGAAGACCCACAAACUUCGAGUUUCUUGGACUCGCAGACGAAUACAAGACAGGACUUCUGUCGACGGUGCACCGUUCUCCGACGCUUUUCGCGAGUGUUUCGGCGAGGGACCGAGACGGAGCCACUGACUCGGAGAAAACCAAUGGACAGCGGCAGAGCACCUCCCAAGGCGAGAGCACAUUCUCUGUCCACACAGUCGAGCUAAACCGCAAAGACGACUUCAGGCACAAAUACCUCCGGAAGCUGUCCCAUGCACGCGUCUGGCUUCCGCGCUCGAGGCGCUCCCCCAGCCAUCAAACAGUUACAAUUUUUGAUUGGGACGACACGCUUCUCUGCACUACGUUCCUGAAUGUCUGUUGCCACACACGGAACUGGGAGCCUGCAUUCGAUGAGCACAUCCAGAAGAUCGAGCGGCACGCUAAGGAUUUGCUGGAAAUGGCAAUGCGGUUUGGACGUGUGUUCAUCAUCACGAACGCGGUGGAAGGCUGGGUCGAGCACUCGUCACAGAAGUACCUUCCUGGCUUGGUUCCCGUGUUGCAAAAGGCGCCAAUCAUCUCAGCGCGAAAUCGAUUCGAGGCGGUCUUCCCCGGAGAGUAUCACCAGUGGAAGGUCCAAGCAUUUCUGGAAGUUCGUCGACAGCUGAAUCGGGAAAUCGUCACUAACUUGAUCUCAGUGGGAGACUCCGUGAUUGAGAUGGACGCUGUCCAUGUAAUGGGGAAGGAGUUCUCCCAGGCUCUCGUCAAAACUGUGAAGCUUCGGGAAAAUCCUUCGCCAGAAGAGCUCGCGAAGCAACUGGAAGUGGUGUCCAGCAAAUUCGAGAGCAUCUGUCUGAGUGCAUGCAGUCUAGCGAUCGGCCUGGAAAGGACUUGGACGGGCGGAACCGAAAGUGAGCAGGAAAGCCCAGACCGCGAGGCACUUGCGUCGUCGUUUGUCCCAGCUCCGGGAAGGUUUGCAUCAGAUGGAUUUGGCGUUGAUUCGCCUUCUGUGUCUCCACCGCCCUCGGCGACAUCUUCGUGGUCCGCGCAGGCCGUCUCUGAGGGUGGGGUGUCGAGCCAGCCAAACAUCCAGUCGUCUGCUCUGGGGAGUCUGCGCAUGCACGAAGACUUUGCUGAUCAGAGAAACGGACAAGCAGAGGCGGCUCAUGAGGAACACCCCGCUCUCAGGCUAUUCGCUCGGGAGACCCGGGCCUGGCAGGCAAUGCAUCAGAUCCACGAACAGUACGGCCUAAGCAUUCUGAGUCGACUUAUAGAAGAGUAUGGCCUGCAAACGCUUCAGCGGAUGAUUGACGAAAAUGGAAACCUCGCAGUGCAGCAGUUCGUCGAAGCGCGCCGGAUGCGAGUGACUGACUUGGAGGGUGGCGACAGUCUUGCGGACAGCCGCGGAGAAAGUAGUGCAGACGGUCGUGGAGAAGCGCCGCGCUUCGAGGAUUUGAGAUCCGUCGGAGAUGCAGCGGAGGGGCAGGGUCAAGGAGAUUUGUCUCCACAAGACAGAGAGCCUGAGAUCGUUAGUAAGAAAACGGGUCUGGAGUUCGGUGCAGGUCGAGAACUGAGACACGAGACGUUUCAGACCAACGAAAAACUGCAUGCGCUCGACCACGUGCAUGCGGAGUCCCCAAUGCGAGCGGCGGACGCGGCGGGUCCUGAAACGUUACCUGACGCGCUCGGACUCCAAGUAAAUCCACCCCUCGACGAGCAACGCCGGAGUCACGAGGGGGAGCUCCUCAUUCACAAGUCGCCUGUCCCGAGCAGCUGCGCGUCAUCGUUGUCGGUCUCCUCUUCUCUGUACCCUACCCUGUCGGCUUCAACUGCCACGAUCGCUCCGGACUCUUAUGUCUCUCUUUCCUCUUCUGGGUCGUCGCCUUCGCCGGGCUUCCUUCCUUCUCCGGCUCCUGUUGCCUCCCCCUCUCGUUUCUCUUUAGCCAGCUUUGCUUCCUCUUCUCCCCAGAAGCCGUCUUCUUCUCGUCCAUUUUCUCCGUCUCGCUAGCCUCCGCCUCACCCGUUUCGGCGUUCUUCGUCUUCUGCUUCUGGGUAUGCUUCGCCUACUUCUCAACCGUCAGGCCCUGGGCUAGUUGCGUCUUCCUCGCCUUCGCUGGCUUCUCUAGAUCUGUCUGCGUCUGCCCCAAAGUCACUUACUUCCCUCCUCUCUGCGCUUGCUGAACUUCCUGCAUUUCUCUCGCUCGCUCCAACGAGGAAUGACGCGCUGGAGAGUUGCAACGUCUCUGGGGCAAAUGGUAAAAACGACCAGAGUGGAGAGCUGUGUCCGUCCAGUGGCUCUUCCUGUGCUGAUGCGUGAUUUAGGUAACCGUGACAGGUAGAAAAGCAUAGAGGUCCGCCUUGGAGACACUCCAGAUUUUGAAAUUUUCCGAGACACGGCGGUCAACAGGCAAGAGGCAGGACCCGCCAAAAACCGGCUCCGCGGGAGCUCAGAAAAAAGCUUUUUUGCGACCCCAAAGGUAACUAAAACGGUGCAAGAGUCGCAGAAUCUUCUUCAACUGCUGCGACAGAAUCUGCAGAGACGGGAAACACAGUGCCCUAAAGAAUUUGUGUAGGUCGGCAUGGACGCAGCGUUGGAGACAUCUCCAAUACGGCAGCUUGGUCUCCUCGGAUUGCGCGCGGUAGGGACAGAGAGCAACUGCAGUGCAUCGCAGUGGUGGGGCGCCUGAGAGAAGCGUCUGUAGAAAAACGUCGGAGAAAGGCAAGAUGUCCCUGGACAGAAACACACCCACAAAAUGCACGAGAUACGCAUUCGCAUAUGAAACGUGACUAUCCGUGGAAAACAAGAAUCCUGCGUAGUUACCAUCUACCGAGCUCGUGUGACGUUUGAGCGUGCAGGUCUUGGGACACGUCAGAGUUUGCACUGGGAGCAGUCAUCUCUGAGACAUGAUUAGUUAAACACUUUCUGUAGACUAACAGCUGGAUCAGUGGGGCAGAGACAGGCGACGGCAGUUUAUGCUCCGACCUGAAAAUGAUUUUCAAGCAGUACACUUCUUUCCUCAUCUACAGCAGAAUUUGAUCAAGGCGAGAACCCAGGUAUAUUGCAAGACACAAACAUGACACACGAGAGUGUCAACGAAUCCGGCUUUUCCGCGCUCUGAGUUGAACAAAUACAAAAUAUUCUUGCGAGCGCUCUAGGAAAGCACAGUUUCUUUAACGGAUGUCGUCGUUCACUCAAGCACUCGAAUACGGGCGAG